CACAGAGCACCCUGGCGGGAACUAAACCAAAAAUCACUAUAAACCCUACUCUCUCUCUCUCUCUCUCUCAGUUACGCCAACUCCACACCUCCAGACACGAUGCCUUCUUUCCCUCAGCCAGGCACGGUCACCAUUUGCGAAAUCAACAGAGAACUAGUUACGGCAGACCACCUCGGCGAUGAUCAAGCGAAGGAUACUUACGCUAAAAUCCUCGGGACUGUAUUCAGUCCGAUCCCUUUCGAAUCAGACAGCUUAUUAGGGACGGGGACUGAGCAGGAAUCAGUUGAACGGAGGAAGGGUAGUUUAGAUAUUCUAUCUGCGGCACUAGAGGCUCUGUUGAGUGGCUCCCUCAGGCCUCUUUUGCAGCCUGCCGAUGUAAAACUUUUAAAUGGUAUUGAUCUUCACAGUGUAAGUUGGCACGACCACAAACAGAUUUUAGCAUUUGUUUCUGCACCGCAUCAGGUGACGAUUUGUGACUACAAUGAUUCCGAUGGAAAGUCUCCUUGCAUCUUGUCCCAUGAGUCCCAAAAAGAUGUAAAGAUUCUUGAGUGGAGACCAAAUGGAGGGAAAACUCUUUCUGUUGCAUGCAAGGGUGGCAUUUGCAUCUGGGCUGCUUCUUCUCCUGGUAAUAUUCCACCCGUGAGAUCUGGGGUGACUUCGAACCCACUUUCAAGGGGCUCUGUGACACGAUGGACUCUGGUGGAUUUCCUUCAGAGUUCUGAUUCUGAACAGAUUACUGCACUUUCAUGGAGUCCUGAUGGAAGAUAUUUAGCUUCAGCUUCAUAUGAGAGUUCAUCUUUCACCAUUUGGGAUGUUUCACAAGGGCUGGGCACUCCUAUUCGAAGGGGCCUAGGAGGCAUAUCAUUGUUAAAGUGGUCUCCCUCGGGAGAUUAUUUCUUUUCUGCAAAAUUUGAUGGAACGUUUUAUCUCUGGGAGACAAGCACAUGGACAUCGGAACCAUGGUCCUCAAAGAAUGGGUUUGUCACGGGAGCAACAUGGGAUCCAGAUGGCUGUAUGGUACUUCUUUCUUUUUCGGAGUUGUCAUCAUUAGGUUCCAUUCACUUUACAUCCAAACCUCCAUCGCUAGAUGCACAUCUUAUACCAGUUGAAUUGCCAGAGAUAAAAUUGUUGACCGACAGCCAGGUCAUUGAGAAGAUAGCAUGGGAUGCUUCAGGAGAGAGAUUGGCGGUGUCAUAUAAAGAUGGUGAUGAGCAAUACAAAGGUCUCGUUGCUGUAUUUGAUGUUAAAAGAAAUCCCUUAAUUUCAACAUCGUUGGUUGGAUUCAUCCGAGGUCCUGCUGACAAUCCGAAGCCAGUAGCAUUUUCAUUCCACGACAAAUUUAAACAAGGGCCAUUGCUUUCUGUGUGCUGGAGCAGUGGAUUUUGCUGCACCUACCCUCUCAUAUUCCGUUCAAAUAUUCUACCAUAGUUAAGGUAUGAGUUUAUACUAAUUUCCAGCUGUAGUAUUUCUGCUUCUCUUGAAAAGAUGGUAGGUGUACGAAUUCUUUUGCUAUUGCAAAGUCGAAAUCUGAUUCAUCAAUCUCUUCAACUUUUGAUCCAAACUGUAUAGACGAACCAGAGAAGUCAAAAUGUAAAUUACCAGAACUGAGUGGCUGUGCCCAAGCAAAAUUACGGUUAUGCAGAGAUUUUUGUCUUUUGAAGUCUUGUCGAUAAUCUGCAUGCAGCGAUCUUGUGAGUUCGUCGCCAAGGAACUGAAAUGUAGCAGUCUAUGAACUUGAUAGAACAUAUUUACAGUUUUCUUUAUUUUCUGAUACACUAUUAAUGGAAAAAAAAAAAAAACUCCCUUUAAGUGUACUAAGUUUUUGUCAACUGAGAUCAUCUACACUCUGAAUUUGUACAAAACUUAGUAAUUUGUUGUAAUUCCUCUUUUGUGCGCUUUGCUACAUUCAGUAAUCAGGUAAGAAAUUACUGCUAUAUAGGAAAUAAAAUUGAUUCCUUUUUCCAGAUA